AUGAAGCCAGAUUAUGGCACAGAUGCUAUAGUUAAUGGUAAAUGUGCAGUCAGUGUGGCUCUUUUUAAAAGAUCUAAUCAGUUUCACAGUCAAAGCAAAGGAAAAGCAUCACACGUGCGGAAAGCUCCUGACUGUGAUCCAAGCCAAUUGCUGGAUGUGAAAUUCAAGCUAAACCUGGACUUUCCUAAUCUUCCUUACCUUACGGAUGGCAAGAAUAAAACCACCCAGAGCAAUGCCACCUUGCACUACAUCACUCACAAGCACAGCAUGUGUGGUUAGACUGAGAAAGAAAAGAUUCGGGUGGACAUAAUGGAAAAUCAAAUAAUGGAUUUCCACGUGCAGCUGGUGCAACUUUCUGACCAUGAAAAACUGAAACCUCAGUACCUGGAACAGCUACCUGGACAAUUAAAACAAUUUUCCUUAUUCCUGGGGAAUAACUCAUGGUUUGCAGAGGAAAAGCUCACCUUUGUGGGUCUUCUUACCUAUGAUGUCUUAUACCAGAACCACAUAUUUGAACCCAAGUGCCAGGAUGAGUUCCUAAAUCUGAAGGAUUUCGUGUGCCACUUGGAGGCUUUGGACAAAACAGCUUCCUACAUGCAGUCUGAUCGCCUGUCAAUAACACAAUGGCCUAGUGGGGCAGCAGUAUAUAUGCUAAGCAAGAGACAGAACAGUACUGCUUUGUUUUUCCUGGCCUGUCCCUAG